CAAAUGAGCAGGGUUGUUAAUGAGCUAGAUUCCAUUCAUUUCUCCAUGAAAAAGGCAUCAAAUUUGGUGAAAGAAAUUGGUAGGCAGGUUGCAACUCACCGCUGCAUCAUGGCAUUGCUUUUUCUCAUUGUCGCUCGAGUCAUAGCUGUAAUAAUUGUUAAGAUUGUGAACCCGCACAACAAGGACAUUCCCGACAUCCCCGGGCUCGCUCCACCGGUCAGCAGAAGGUAUUGUCCACCGUAGAGGGCAAGUGAGUAUCCACACAACACAAGUGUAAAAUUCCCGAUGAGGCGCCCUUGCGCGGUCGCUUGGAAGUUCCUUGCAUCAUGUCGCACACCCUGUUGUAAACUUGUAAUGUUGUAUGAAGUAUCAAUGAUAAUAUCUCUUGCUUAUUUGCUUGCAGAGUAACCUAUGAUCAAUUUGAUAUCGGUAGUGCAUACAUGAUAUAAACAAAUAUGGUUCUAGCUUUCGGCCUUAUUGCUGUUGUUUCUAUUAGUGUUGAAGUGCAAAAUUCCUGCCUAAGUCAUUUAUAUGAGUGUGACUUGAGGCGUUAGGUAGUUAUGAAGGUGGCAAUAACAUCUACUCAAUAAUCAAUUGUAAUGCAUGUGUCACUCCUGAAUUAGUAGACAAGCAUAA